ACAAAAAUCCCACUUGCGCAACUGGUUUGCAAUCGACGACGACGAGCCCAUCCCCAUCUCAGACCCUACCACCAACACUCGUCCGCCAGACUCGAUACCGAAUAAUUUUUAGCCCAGCAUGGCAGUCGGUACACAGUCCUUCCUUCACCUCGCGCGGCCACUCGCCCCCGCUUCCAUUGGUGUUCAGCCCACAACCGCACCUUUAAAUGUCAUAAUUCAACCCCAAGCCGUAUUCUCGAUUCUCGACCAUGCCAUCCGUCGCGAUACCAGUGUGACACAAACCCCCCGUGUUAUCGGAGCCCUUCUCGGAAUCCGUUCUGAAGAUGGUAUGGAAUGCGAAGUCCGCAACUGUUUCGCCAUUCCCCACACCGAGACCGAAGACCAAGUCGAAGUCGACGUCGAGUACCAAAAGAACAUGCUGGCUUUACAAUUGAAGGCCAAUCCUCGCGAAGUUCUUUUGGGAUGGUAUACGACCUCUCUUGAACUCAACAGCUUCAGCGCCUUGAUCCAAAACUUCUUCGCCAGUCCUGAGACCGGUACUUUCCCUCACCCGGCUGUUCAUUUGACAGUUAGCACCGAGGCUGGAAAGGAGAUCGAGGCAAAGGCAUAUAUUAGUGCACCUGUUGGUGUAAAUGCUGAGAGAGCAGCUGAGAGCUGUCUUUUCAUCCCAGUACCAUAUGAGAUCCGAUAUGGUGAAUCUGAGAAGAGUGGUUUGGAAUUAAUCUCUGGCGCCAAGGAUAGCGAGAGCCGUGCUGCACCAGUAGUUUCUGAUAUCGAAGGUCUGGAGCGAGCCGUUGACCAAACUCUUGAUCUUUUGGAAAGAGUAUCCGAAUAUGUCAGUUCAGUCUUGGACGAAGAGAGAGAGCCAUCAAAUGCUCUUGGUCAGUUCCUCAUGAACGCAUUGUCCUUAGCACCAAAGGUUGAUGCUGCAGAUAUUGAACGUGACUUCAACAACCACAUCCAAGAUGUCCUGGUCGUAUCUUACCUCGCCAAUACCAUCCGCACCCAAAUCGAACUUUCUCAAAGAUUGGCAACCGCAACUCUUACCAUGGGAGGCUCGGAUGUUCUUGCCGCAGCCAGCAGUGGAGAAGGAGGAGAGAAAUCCGAGCAACGUGGACAGAGAGGUGGUAAGCGUGGAGGAAGAGGUGGUGGUAGAGGAGGCGGACAAACACGAGAGCCAAGAGAGCCCCGGGAACCCGCUGAGUAGUAGACGAUGAUAAAAAUAAAGCCUUUCCAUAAUUUACAGACUUUGUGCAUGUGGAUGGAAAAGUAUGGCGUUCAGGUAGGCUCUAGGCCAAUUCUUAUAGAAUUUCAAAAUUAUGGUUUCUGUCAUUGUGUGUGUUACUAUGAUCAACGAAGUUUAACGCGCAAUGUAGUUUAGCUGCUAGUUGUCAUGAUACUAGACAGUGAAGUAAGGAAUUUCAAGAAAUGGCACACCACAUAACACA